AUGAAGGAGUUAAAGGUGUUGGAGGAUGUUUUAGGGCUUAGAUUCCAGCUUAACAGCUGUAUACACAUGGGUGACAGUGUUAAGGAAGUGUUAGUGGUGAACAGGUAUAAUUUGUUAUUAUUGAGUACCCAGAGUGAGAUAAAGUUUUAUGACAUUAACAACGUGAUCAACGAUUUAACCCUUGGGAAUUGUCUUCACAAGGUUGAUUUUGACAGUGUUGUCUCCAUCAAAUGUACUGAAUUUGAGGAUUUUGAGGAAAAUAAUGUAAAAUCUGCUGCUAGGAUAUGGAUAGAGUUGGAAAUGAGUAUAGUAAUAUAUGACGUGGUAAAUUUACGUGUGGAAAUUGAAUAUGAGAAGAAAUCCCCUUUAAAAUACUUUUACUGUGUGUUACAAGGGUACGUAGUAAUAAUCUGUGGGAAUAAGCUGAAAAUGUACAAAAAAGACAAGAAAAUAUUCUCUCACAAAUUCACUAAUAGUAUUACUCACAUUUCCAACACACAGUCCGACACAUUGCUGCUCCUGGAUGAAGUGAAUAAUAUAUUCAAACUCUCACACACUGGACAGAGUACCACAGUAACCCCAAUGUCAUUUACCCUAGAUAAGACACUGGGUGACAAUUACAAGGUUGUUAGCCUGUGUCAAUACCAAAAUUAUGUAAUAAUGUCACUGUACAAUCAAAUUGACUAUUUAUUACUAGUGUGUACUGCAGAGUUGGAGGUGAUAAGCUAUUCUCUUAACGAAUUGUAUAUCGAGUUUGAUGCUGCUGUGGAUCUGGAGAUAAAUUACUUCAUCCUCAGGCCCUGGAACUUACUCAUUGUUUACUCAAAUCACUCCACCUCAACUCUCUUUCUCUCCAAUAAUCCUCGACUCAUCUCACUCAACUCGGACACCGUAGAUAACACUGAUGAGAUCGUGGUAUUACGUAUGUUGGAGGGAUUUGGAGUGGAGAGUGUGGAGUACGGCGAUAAUUUGAGGAAUUUGCAGUUGUAUACAAAUUACGUGAAUGAGAUUUACCGUAAGAAUUCACUGGCCGACACGCCGACGAUGAAGAACCCGCACAUUCUCUUUUCUACACAGUGCUCCAACACCGUCACGCUCUACUACACCGACAUACACUUUGUUAACUCCAAUAACAAUGAAGUUGGUGUUCUGACUCCGUUAACCAGUUGUGACAGUUGCUUAAUUGAUCUACUCAGGAGUACUGUUAACGGUGUGAAGAAAAAUACUAUAGAAGUUGCUGCUGGAGUUGAUUUGGAACAAUUAUAUUCAAUGGGUCUGAAGUGGUACGUGGACAAAAAGAGUUUAAAGCUGUUUGAAUCGCUGUUAAACGUUUUACACUUCUUUCACACUUCAUUGGAACUCUCUGAUAGUGUUGACAAUGGGGACAGUGUUGGAGUUGGGGAAUUGUCAAAACUGGUGGACAAUGACUACAUUAUCAUCUUCAGGAAUCUUCUCAAUAUACAACAUAACAUGCUGUUACUCCUGGACGAUAGUGAUACUACAGUUAAUAGUACUCUAAAUUCUGCUGCUAAUACUACAAAUAUUGCUGCUAAUACUACAAAUAUUGCUGCUAAUGGUAUAAUUACUGAGUUGAAAAAGUUGGUAAAUAAUAACAUAAUGAGAAUAGAGAGAGUGGAAGAGUCAAUGGUGAAGGAAGUGGAGAAUGUGUUACUGUACACAAACCAACAACUCAAACACCUACACCACAAACUACACAACACCAACUUUCAUCUCUCUAUCAACACUUCUAACAAUGUUUAUAGUAGUAAUACUGUUAACAGUGUUAAUAGUGUUGAUAGUAAUAGUAGUAAUAGUGUUAGAGAUGAUAGAGGUGUGGUAUUAGAGUUGGAGAGGAGAUUGGGGUGUGUGGUGGGGGAGAUAAAGCUAUUGUACAAUCAACCUGUCAACGUCAACACUACUCAAUCACCCAAAUUCAUUUCCAAAUUCAACACACACAUUCAUACUACCGAUUGUAAUUUGGAUAUCACUAGUGUAGAUGCAGAGGAAAAUAAUGUAAAAUCUGCUGCUACUGGAGACCCAGAGGGAGCUAAUUCUAACACUGUAAACACUGUAGAUAGUGUGGGUAUUGUGGACACUGUAAAAAUAAGUGAGGAAAAUAAUGUCACACAAAUUGCUGCUCCUAUUGCUGCUACAACAGAUAAAGUGGGAGUAAAGUUGUUUGGUGAGAUAGAUUCGGGGUUUAGGCUGGGGAAUUUGGAGUUGACUGGCCAAUUGUGUAAUCCCGUGACAUUUAACACUGCGCUCACUCAGUCACAGGAACAAACGUCAAUCUUCUCCACAUACGCCAACAAUCAAUCACUCAUCGAUAUGGCCCAUUCAAUCACCAGCAACUCUUUUCCCAACUCUUUUACAGGGUUUGGUAACACUAUUAGUAGCAAUAUUGGCAGUGGGUUCAAGGGAUUUACGGGAGGAUUUGGCACCGCUCAAAACUCUUUCCCCCGCACUGUAAACCCUGGUAACACUACUGUAAACCCUGUGAAUAGUGUGAAUAGUGUGAAUAGUGUGAGUUCGGGGUUGGGAGAUGACAGUUUAUGGCUGGGAAGUAGAAGGUAUGAUCCGCUAAAUUAGUAUACUAUAAAAAUACCCCGACUCCCCGGAAUUCGACGCUAUCACAUUCUACUUAAUUUUUACCCCGACUCCCCGGAAGUAGUAGCUAAGAGAGUUUACUUAAUCUUAUACCCAAAUACC